CGUCGCUAUCACAUUCUUUUUCGCGAUGGCGCUAAAUAUUUAUAUCUUCUUUACGUUUAAGUAUGUGAACGAGGAAGGGGGUGAAGGAGGAGAGGUUAUUCGGAUGUCCGUUGACGACAAAGCCUUGGAGACAUUUGGGAUGUUGGUGCCACUUAUUUUUGGUACCUUCCUACCAUUUGCCAUCAUUGUAUUCUGUAAUAUCUGGAUUAUCUAUACCCUUCACGCGGCGUCCAGGAAGAGUGUGGCAAUGGGAGUUGGCCAGGACGGGCAGAAAUCCAGAGAGAAGGAGGCCCGUUAUCUCACCAAGAUGCUCAUCAUAGUUUGUUUUGCGUAUGUUGUCACAUCGAUCCCGUACAGACUACACGAUCUCCUCAUGGGAGUCCCGAGUAUUAGUGCCCAUUACGAUUUGAGCGACCCCUAUUGGAGGUUAAGGUACAGUGCGCAGAACUACAUCCUGCAUCACUUGUGGGAAUGGAACUAUGCAGUGAACUUUUACCUCUAUUGUAUCGGAGGGGGCAAGAGAUAUCGCCAGGACGUGCGAAUUAUACUGGAAAGGAUCAUGUUUUACCUCAGGAUGGAAAAGAAGGGAAAAGAUUAACAUCCAUCAGUAGUAGCGUAGUUGUGGUUUGGGAACUCUUAUCGGUUCCUGGCACCACCGUUCGGGGAUCCUUGCUUGACUACCAACAGCUAGGGUAGAAUGGGGUAUUUGUAGCCCCGGUUUAAUUGUAGCCCCUGCCUAUGAUAUUGAUUGAUAUCCCCAUGCAUCAAACAACGCAUGGUACACACAUAUAUACAUGUAUAUAAUAUAUAGGAUUUUCUAACUUGACGGCUUUAUCUUCGAAUCUCUUCUGAUCGAAUAUGAGUAACCAGGUCUUCCCAUGUUGUGUAGUGUUCCAAGGUUGCGUCACGAUGUAGCACACGACGCGCGUGGCCGACAUCCUCGGUUGCGUUAACCACUCUAUGCCGCUGCAGGAAUCUGGAAUGCCAAAGUGUUACGAAUUCCUUCUGUGGUGUAGCCUAAACAGACCGAAAAGCAAGGUUUACUUCUUUGCAGAUGACCAAAGCGAGCCGGUUCAUUUAUUCUACUGGGUGUAAACCUGCCUUCAUCAUCUGGAUAAACAACCAUCUUGACACGGUGGGUGGAGCCGUGUUAGGAUUUGAAGUACCUCAGGUGAAAGGAUAAUGCGGCUUCUAUCAUUGUGAAAAUGUUGAUCAUAAUUCGAAGACGUUGGUUGUCGAAUGUCAGAACGUCAGUCUCAAUAUUUUGUCCGAUCAUCGAGUUAGUGCUGGAUGUGAUGAAGACACAUUUUUAAAAAAUGGAUCGCUGAUGCAUUAUUGCGCUAGUUUGGGCGAUGUGGUAGCACUGAGGUGAUGUUGAGCUUGCACGGUGAAAUUUAACUCCAGGGGCAGUCCUAUCGUCAUCCUAUAUUCGGCAGUCGUGUUGGAGAGGGACGAGGCCGAUGUAACAGUAACAAAUGCCCCCCCUGGAAAAAGUGUCCGGCCCUAUUGUAUUCUGCAAUAUGGUUCUAUAGAGAACCUGACCGUCAAUAGCUCAGAGAUUGAAGCGCAUAAUAGAAUCAUUUGUUUCCCGGGCAUUCUAUCCUAGGACAUUUUAAACUUCUUCACCGGCCGGCCCACUCUGCGUCCGGAAUGUGCGUAAAGUUGGAUUUUUUAUGAAUAGGGAUUGGUAAGAAGA